UUUUUCUCUGCUAAGUGUCAUAAAUGAGUGAAUAAGUAUUCACUGUAAAAACAACGUGACUGUGAUUGUGAGACUAGCAGAUGAUCGGAGCUGCAGUGAAGAAGACGCUGGUGUUUGUAUGAGUUUGAGCAAUAAGCAUGUCUUCACUUCAGUGUCUGAGAGAGUUCAUCAGCGAGCGACUCGCUGCUGCUGCUGUGGAAAUCUUCCGACACUGUGAAAGAACCAUCGUCCAGUACGAAGAGGAGCUCUGUCGUCAGCGCAGACUGCUGGAUGUCACGUGGAAACCACAGUUCCAGCUCCACACUAAAGUCCUCCCCCAGAAUUAUGUGACUGAAGAGGAAGAUCUUUGCGACCAGCAGAGGAACUUCAAUGAGGAACAGAAAGCAGCAGAAGCUCCACAAAUUGAAGAGCAACUAAAUGAAUCGGCUUCUCCACAGAUUAAAGAGGAACCAGAGGAACCAGAACCUCCACAGAUUACAAAGGAGCAAGGAGGACUCUGUACCAGUCAGGAUGAAGAGCAGCUUGAUCUGAAGCAGGAGACCAAUACAAUGAUGGAGAUUCCAACUUAUGAAGAAAAUGAGCACUAUGAAGCAGAUCUAAACAAACACCAGCACUUUAAUGUAACUGAUAGUCAGGAUGAAGAAGGAAGACAUGAAGAAUCAACAUCAACCACAGAUGGAGAGACAGACCCACAGAACAGAGAUCAGAUGAAGACGAGAGACGGAAGUCAAAUUGUUCAAAUUGUGAACAGCUCUCACAUGUCAGAAAGUCAGUAUGACUCCGAUGUUAGACAAAUCUUUAAGAAGACAACUUUGGUUAAGAGACACAAACGAUCCCCAAAAGAAAAUAGACUUUCCUAUAUAAAAUCUGUAGAUGAAAGUUUAAAAAUUGCUCAAUAUGUGUCUCGCCACAUAGGACAUGACUAUGAAGAAAGACCUAAUGUCUUUGUCUGUGAUAAAUGUGGUGAAAGUUUUAGUCAAAGUUCUUGUCUCAAAGCACACAUGAAGACUCACAAAGAGGAGAAGCCUUUUUCUUGUAAUGAAUGUGAUAAAAGGUUUAGUCAAAAAUGUGAUCUCAAAAGACAUAUAAGGACUCAUACAGGAGAGAAGCCCUAUUCAUGUAAAGAAUGUAGUGCACGUUUUAGUCAAAUAUCUAGUCUCAAAAGACACAUGAGAGCUCAUGCAGGAGAGAAGCCGUUUUCUUGUAAAGAAUGUGAAAAAAGUUUUAGUCGAAUAUCUGGUCUCAAAAAACACAUGAGAGCUCACUCAGGAGAAAAAAACCUUUUUCUUGUUAAAAAUGUAAUAAAGGCCUAAACAUUUAUGAGGGAUUUUUCAGCCAACGGAAUUGACCAAUCUGUAGCGACUAAGUUUGGGACAGUUAUUACACCAAAACUUAGAGGAAUUGGCUGUUUUUUCCCCAUGGUCAAUGGUCAAGUGUGUGCCAGAGAAGUUGUGGUUGAAGUCACAACAGGUUUCUUUACGUUCUGUAAUUGAUAUAUACUUGUUGUAUGCACAUAAAAUUUAAAGUAGGCUUUAUUACAUUGUAUGUAUGUACACAUUUUAUACAGUGAGGCAAAUAAAUAUUUGAACAAGUUCUCCCACUUAGAAAUCAUAGAGAGGUCUGAAAUUUUCUUCUAAGGUAUAUGUCUACUCACUGUUGGAGACAUCUAAAAAUAUCUGGAGAUCACAUUGUAGGAUUUGUUAAAAGUUUAUUUGUGUGCUACUUUUGCUAAUAAGUAUUUGAACACCAGUCUAUCAGCUAGAAUUCUAACCUUCACAACUUAUUAGUCUGCCUUUAAAUAGUCCACCUCCACUCAACUCAUUAUCCUAAAUUAAAAGAACCUGUUUGAGGUCGUUAGCUGCAUAAAGGCACCUGUCCAUCCCAUACAUUCCACAAGACUCCAACCACUAACUUGACCAAAGAGCUGUCCAAAGACACCAGAGACAAAAUUGUAGACCGUCACAAGGCUGGAAAGGGUUAUGGGGCAAUUGCCAAGCAGCUUGGUAAAAAAA